AUGUUUUUUCUUUGUGACCAUGAAGAUCACAUCUUCCAUUUACAUGACUAUUAAAAUACGACAAUAUCUACAAGUAGUCUUAGGAAUCUCAGCCAACAGCUUCCUCCUUCUCUUCCACAUCUUCACACACCUUCUGGAUCGCAGGCCUAAGCCCACCAACCUGAUCAUCUGUCACUUGGCAUUUGUCCACAUGAUGAAACUCUUCACUGUGCUGUUGUCUACAGACCUGUUGGAAACACUAAACUUUCUGGACGAUUUCAAAUAUAAGGCUUUAUUUUGCAUGAACAGAGUGACACGAUGUCUGUCCAUGAACAUCACCUGCCUCCUGAGCAUCCUCCAGGCCUUCAUCAUCAGCACCGUGCUCUCCUGGUUGGUCAGGUUUAAACAUAAAUGCACAAAAUGUAUCUUCCGUCCUUUUAUUGUCUUAUGGUUUCUUAGUUUGUCUCUCAGUAGUAAGUGCAUCUUGUGUACUGCUGCUGCUUCUAACAUGACCCAGAUCCAUCUACUGCAUGUCAGUAAAUACUGCUCGGUUUCCCCCAUACACUCCAUCAUCAGGGGACGACUUCUCAUUUUGACAUUACCCAGGGAUGUUUUCUUUAUAGGUGCCAUGCUGCUCUCUAGUGCAUAUAUGGUGAUUCUCUUGUCCAGGCAUCAGAGGCAGUGCCAGCAGCUACACAGCUCCAGCCUCUCCUCAAGAGUCUCCCCAGAGAGAAGGGCCACCCAGACUAUCCUGCUGUUGGUGAGUUUCUUUGUAGUCAUGUACUGGGUGGACAUCAUUAUCUCCUCCUCUGCAACUGUGUUAUGGAGAUAUGACCCAGUAAUCCUGGAUUUCCAGAAGCUUGUAUCCAAUGUGUAUGCCACUGUCAAUGCAUUGGUGUUAAUUUGUUUGGAUAAAAGGAUAAAAAAUGUGUUUCAAAAACGUGGAAAAAUUACGAUCAAUUUAUAACUACUUAUUCGU